ACCUGGAAAGGAACGCGAGUGAGUGAGGCCUGAACUGACAAGCAGCAACCAAAAGCAGGCAGUGCCCAUGGCGAUGGGUGCUGCGGCGGCCGCAUCCACCUGCAUCAGGUCCACCACCCCUGGCCUGCCCCGGUGUCGCGUCAGGGCGCAGGCGACGUCGUGGGCCGGAGGCGCCGAGGCGCUGGUGCGGUCGGGUGCGGUGAAGGCCGUGCGGCCGAGGGACGCGGCGGAGGCGCUGGGCGCCGAGGGGUUCCGUCUGCUUGACGUCCGGCCGGAGUGGGAGCGCGCCCGCGCCAGCGUGCGGGGCUCGGUGCACGUGCCGCUGUUCGUCGGGGACGAUGACAUGGGCCCCGUGACGCUGCUCAAGAAGUGGGUUCACCUCGGCUACAUCGGGCUCUGGACCGGCCAGGGCUUCACCAAGAUGAACGACCGCUUCGUCGAGGACGUCGCUGCUGCCGUGGUCGUCGCCGGCGCCGGCGGCAAGGACGACGCCAAGCUUCUCGUCGCUUGCGGCGAAGGCCUCAGGUCGUUGAUCGCGGUGAGGAUGCUGCACGACGACGGGUACAGGAACCUGGCGUGGCUCGCCGGUGGGUUCAGCAAGUGCGCGGACGGCGACUUCGCAGACGUGGAGGGGGAGAGCAAGCUGCAGUACGCCACCAUCGGGGGAGCGUCCUACAUCUUCCUCCAGAUCCUGCUGCUGCUGGGAGUGGUGAAAUGAUCCACGAGUUCUGCAAAUUCGCACGGCUCCCGCGCCCACCCGCACAGAGUGUCUCCAUGUUGUUACGCCCGCCUUCCUCGCCGUUCCAUCUGGUCUGUUUUGCUUUGCUUUGCUUUGCUAGUAUUACCAUUAUCAGAUGUACAUGUACUACUUUGCAUGUGGUGGCAGAAUAGUCAGUAGCACCAGAGUUUAUUUAUCGCA